CCGCUCUUGAAAUAUUUGAAUGCUGGCAACUGGCAUUUGGCGUUUUUCACGCAUUCAUUCAUCGGAAAAUUAGAGAGCACUAGUGUAAUCAUUUUGUUGUUUUCCCCCUCCAUUCAACGCAGGUCGUCCAUAGCACCGUGUGAUCCGAUUAUCCAGCGCCGUCGGUAGCGCGGCAUUGUCACUGGCUGCUGAUUAAUUAUCAGGUUGCGCCAUCCUGAAUGAUUAGCCCCCGUUUUCCGUGGAUGCUGGAGCAACGCUCUGACUCUGACGUAUCCUCGUGAUGCUGGUGUCCUGAAACGCGACGUUUCAGAUUUCCCCGGAUUGCCUGUGAUUUGUUUGUUGACAUGACCGCCCCCGUUGGGGCGUGCUGCGAGUAGCGCCCCCAUGCUGCCGGUGGGGGCGCCCCCCGCGGGGGGCUCGAUGCCCGGGGGCAGUACCCCCGCGCAGUCGGGAUCGGGCGGGGCGGGGGGCGCGGUGGCCCCCCUGCAGGGGGGGUUGGGGAUGCUGGCCCCCGCGGGGACGACGCGCCACCUGUCCUCCGCCACCUUCCCCAAGGUGACCACGGUGGGAUCGCAGAAGCCGGAGGUGUGGGUGCAGUCGCUCAUCAACCGCUUUGAGGAGCAGUUGCCGGUGAAGACGGGCAUGCAGACGAUCACCACCCGCACCACGCUGGAGCAGCAGAAGGAGUACCUGAUCAACAUCUCCCGCUGCAAAUUCUCCCUGGUCAUCCAGGGCCUGACGAAGAUGCUGCAGAACGUGGCCAGCACGCGCAUCUUCGGCGAGGAGGCCGAGCGCUCGCAGAUCGAGUCGCAGCUGAUCAUCCUGGACACCCUGGAGCAGUGCCUGGUCAACGGCCAGCCCAAGGACACGCCGCGCGUCGAGGAGCAGAAGUACGUCAAUCUUCUGCUGCCGGAGAUCUGCCAGUUCCUCAACCUCACCACCGACAACCCGCUCCUCCUGCAGCUGAAACUCUCCGCCUCCAAGGUGCUCUUCGCGCUCAGUCUGAACAAUUUCAACUCCAUCUUCUCGCGGAUCAGCACGCGGUUGGCGGCGUUGGCCAUCUGCCCGGAUGAGUGCGUCGAUCUGGGCGAUGUGGAGUUGAUCCAGCACAUCAACGUGGAUCGCGCCAAUCUGGCGAAAGUACUGAACGAGAUCAUCGGGAAAUUCCGGCAACUGAAGAAGAAUGUACACAUUUCCCUGAUUGCCUACGUGGAGAAGGCCAUCUGGAAUUUUAUGGACACCUAUCCGGAGGAGUUCAUGAGCCAGCAAAAGGUGGCAGAUGAGGAUCUGGCGGAAGCGUGCGAGAAGCUGUUCGACCUGCUGGACUACUUCACCGAGGGCAAGUCGCAGCGCAAGAUCCUGGCCUGGCCGCUGCAGAUCAUGCUGCUGAUCCUGUCGCCCAUGGCGCUGGAGGAGGUGGUCAACGCCGACAACGGCGCCCCCUGCACGCCUAAGCACCUGAAGAAGAAGCACUUCCUGGACCACCUGCGCAAGUCGCUGGUGGGCCACGGUGCCUCCAAGCAGCUGACGGAGGGCGCCGGCGUGGCCUGCGUCAAGCUCUGCAAGGCCUCCACCUACAUCAGCAACCGCGACAGCACCAACGUCGUCUUCGUCCUCGUCCAGACCGUCAUCAACGAUCUCAAGGGUCUAAUCUUCAACCCGAACAAGCCGUUCUCGCGCGGCGCCAACUACGACGUGGACCUGAUGAUCGACUGCUUCGUGGCCUUCUUCCACAUCAACCCGCACAACCUGGACGUGCUGAAGGUCUGCCUGAACCUGUCGGCGUCGCCCGUCUACCACUUUGUCCUCGUCAACGCGCUGCACCGCAUCGCCACGCAGCCGCGCCUCCCCUUCUGGCCCUCCAUCGACAUCCUCUACAACAAGGUCGCCGAUCUCCGCGUCCUCUUCAUCGACACGCUGACCUACGUCUGCCAGGGACAGGGCUUCGGCGUCGGCCAGCAGAUCCGCUUCUCACAGAACCUGUCCUUGAAGGAAAAAGUGAGCACGCAGCUGAAAUUCCGCGAGAAGACCUCGGAGGAGGUGACCAGUUACAAGUACCUGCUGGUGCACAUUGUCCGGCUGAUCAGCACGGAUCCGCUGCUGUUUUUAUACAACGCCUCCAAGCAGAACACGGAGAUGCUGAUCAACGGACUGGUCUCCGUGGUGCACCAGAACUUCAUCGCCGACCUGGCCGAGCAGGCCAUGGAGGCGCUGCUGGUGCUGCACCAGCCCGGCAACAUCCUGCUGUGGAACAGCGAGGCCCCGCUGCCCAUGUUCUGGGACACCUCGUCCUCCGUGCUCUUCUCCAUCUCGCAGAAACUCAUCCAGCACCAGAUCGCUAAUUACAACGAGGUUCUGAAGUGGCUGCGGGAGAUCCUCAAGUGCAGGAAUGUCUUCCUGGCGCGCUACAAGGACAACGCCAAUAUGGGGAGCAACAUUGCCAUUGCACGACAGGCGCAGAUCAAACUGGAGGUGGUCCUCUUCAUGUAUCUAUGGAGCAUCGACAUCGAAGCCGUGCUGACGGCCAUGUCAUGUUUUCAACAUUUAUGCGAGGAAGUGGAAAUCCGCGCCACUGACGAAUUUGCCGUACUGUCACUGCUACCGAACUACCACAUCUACAACGAAUUAACCGCGGCGGCCACUGCAUUAACCACCGGCCGCGCUCAACUCCAAAAGCGCAUCAUGGGCUUACUGCGGCGCAUCGACAAGAACACCCCCGGCGUGGCGCAGGCCUGGGACGAGACGCAUCUGUGCUGGGAUGAAUCGCGUAAGUUCCUCUCCAGUUUCCCCAAGAUCGGCGAGCGCCCCAGCAAACGGCGCACCUCCUACUCCACCAGCAGUUCCUCCCCCGAGCACGAGCUGGACGACGUCUUCUCCGAGUGGCUGAACAUGACCGGCUUUCUCUGCGCCCUGGGCGGGGUCAGUGUCCAGAAGAAGGCCCAGCCACGGCCGCUCUCCGCCGUCAACCUCCCUUCCGACUCCCGGAAGGUGAGCAUCAUCUCGGCGCAGAACAGCAACCAGGAUCUGCAGUACUGCCCGGUGACACAGUUCUGCCGGUAUAUGCUCAGUCUCCUGGUCUGCAACAACGAGCGCUUCGGCCCGAAGAUCCAGAAGCAUGUGAAGGAAUUGUUGGGACAUGAGCUGAAUCCGCAGCUCUACCCGAUCCUCUUCGAGCAGAUCCGCACCAUCGUCGAGAAGUUCUUCGACUCCAACUCCGGCCAGGUCGUCAUUUCGGAGCUGAACACGCAGUUUGUGGAGCACAUUGUCUUCGUGAUCCGCAACAUUCUGUGCAACAAGACGGAGAAGCCGGCGGAGGAUGUGGGCGCCUGCACCAGCAUCGAGAACAUGAUCCUGGGCAUCGUGCGCUACUGCCGCCACCUGGACAGCAGCCAGCACGCCCUGCACAUCAAGCAGAAAUUCUGCCAGCUGGUGGAGACGCUCAUGCACCGCCGCGACGAUCUGGCCUUCCGCCAGGAGAUGAAGUUCCGCAACAAACUGGUCGAGUACUUAUCCGACUGGGUCCUCGGCAAUUCCCACCAGAUUACGGCCGCCGCGGCGGCGGCUACCGCGGCCGCCAACGUCACCUCCACGGCAGUGGUGACCAAUGAAAACCGCGAAGCGGUGCGGGAAUUGGACUGCGCGGCGGUGAAGGCCAUCGCGGCGCUGCUGACGGAGCUGCCGUUGCAGCCGGAGGAGAACGACCGCGGCGACAUCGUGGAGGCCAAGUCGCAGUUGUUCCUCAAGUACUUCACGCUCUUCAUGAACCUGCUGAACGAGUGCGGCCACGCCGGCGACGAGAAGGGCAAGGACGACGAGGUGCAGACCAUCGACGUGCUGCGCUCCGCCACCAUCCAGGCCAUGUCUAACUUGCUGAGCGCCAACGUGGAGAGCGGCCUGGUGCACUCGAUCAGUCUGGGCUACCACAACGACCUGCAGACGCGCGUGGCCUUCCUGGAGGUGCUGACCAAGAUCCUGCAGCAGGGCACCGAGUUCGACACGCUGGCCGAGAACAUCGCCGCCGACCGCUUCGAGCGCCUGGUGGAACUGCUGACCAUGAUCGACGACAAGGGCGAACUGCCCAUCGCCAACGCCCUCGCCAACGUCGUGCCCUCGGGACAGCUGGACGACGUCUCGCGCGUCUUCGUCGCCAUCUUCGAGGCCAAACAUCUGCUGUAUGAACUGCUGUGGAACUUGUUCGUCAAGGAAGUCGAGCUGGCCGACUGCAUGCAGACGAUCUUCCGCGGCACGACGCUGGCCAGCAAAGUGAUGGCCUGCUGCUUCCGCAUCUUCGGCGCCAACUACAUCACGGCCGUGGUGAAGCCGCACGUGGAGGCCAUGAUGAACCACGCCGAGCAGAGCUACGAGAUCGACCCCAACCGGCUGGACGGCGACAUCAACGCGCUGCUGGCCGCCCACAAACGCAACCUGGAGAUCGUCACGCAGCGCAUCUUCGACUCCAUCACCUCCUCCAUCGACAAAUUCCCGCUGCAGCUACGCUGUCUUUGCACCUGCCUGUACAAUGUCAUCGCGCAACGCUUCCCGCCGCCGGCCAGCAUCAACGCCGUCGGGACAGUGAUCUUCCUGCGCUUCAUCAACCCGGUCAUCGUGUCGCCGGUGGAGAACGGGAUCCUGGAAACGCAGCCUCCACCGCACGUGAAGCGCGGCCUAAUGUACGUGUCGAAGAUCCUGCAGAACGUGGCCAGUCACGUGCUCUUCUCCAAGGAGCAGCACAUGCGCCCGCUCAACGACUUCCUGCGCGCCAACUUCGAAGAGUGCCGGCGCUUCUUCACGCAGAUCACCGCCGACGGACCGCCGCAGCCCGAGGCGCACGCCGCGCCGCUAGCCUCGUCGUAUUUGAACGACGUCAACGUGCUGGCGCUGCACCGUCUGCUGUACUACAACCAGGAGAAGAUCGGCGAGCACCUCGGCACCAAUCGCGAUCACAAGGCCGGACGACGGCCGUUCGAUAAGCUGGCCACGCUGUUGGCGCAUCUCGGCCCGCCCGAACACAAAUCCAUGGAAUCACAGUGGUCGGUGCACGGUGACCUUUCAUACAACCGCUUCGAGGAGAUCAUGAGCAAGCAGCACAUCCACGAGAAGGACGAAUUCAAAUCCCUGAAAGCCAUGAACAUCUUCUACCAGUCGGGCAAGUCCAUCAACGGCAACCCGGUGUUCUACUACAUCGCGCGCAAAUACAAGAUGAACGAGCACCACGCCGACAUGCUCAUCUACCACGUCCUGCUGACGCUGAAGCCCUUCCAGCACCAGCGCUUCGAGCUGGUCAUCGACUUCACGCACACCUGCGCCGAGAACCGCUUCCGCACCGAAGUGCUGACCAAGUGGUCGGCCGUCCUCCCGCUGGAGGUCUACGAGAACAUCAGCGCCAUCUACAUCUACAACUGCAGCACCUGGGUCAAGGAGUACUUCAAGUUCCACGAGUCCUUCCUCUCGGCGCUGAAGGGAUCGCGCCGACUCUGCUUCGUCGAGUCCAUCGGGCGACUGAACGAGCUCCUGGAGGGGGGCGCCAGGCUGCCGUCCACCACCACCGCCCUGGAGGAGGACUUGAAGGUUUUCCACGGCGCCCUGAAGCUGUCACACAAGGACACCAAGGUGUCCAUCAAACUCGGCACCGGCGCGAUUCAAAUAACCUCCGCCGAGCGCACCAAGGUUCUCGGACAUCCCGUCCUCCUCAACGACGUGUACUACGCCGGGGAGAUCGAGGAGGUGAUCCUGGUGGACGACAACCAGUUCACGCUGUCAUUACACGAACAGGGCCCGCUCUCCUUCAUCCACGACAACUGCGACGAGAUCGUGCAGGCCAUCAUCCACAUCCGCACGCGCUGGGAGCUCUCCCAGCCCGACAACGUCAUCAACGUCCACUCCAAGAUCCGCCCCAAGGCCGUGCCCGGCACGCUCCUCAACAUCUCCCUGCUAAAUCUGGGCUCGCCCGAUCCCAGUCUGCGCUCGGCGGCGUAUAAUUUGCUGUGCGCGUUGACAGCGACGUUUAAUCUGAAGAUCGAGGGACAACUGCUGGAGACGGCGGGGCUGUGUAUUCCGGCGAAUAAUACGAUCUUCAUCAAGAGCGUUAGUGAGAAGUUGGCGGUGCAGGAGCCGCAUUUGACGCUGGAGUUCAUGGAGGAGUGCAUUCAGGGUUUCAAAGCGUCGACCAUCGAGAUCAAACACCUGGUGCUGGAGUACGUGCCGCCCUGGCUGGGCAACCUCACCCGCUUCUGCAAGCACUCGGACGAGCAGAAACGCCAGAAAGUCUCCUUAAUCCUGGACAAACUCAUCACCCUGACCCUGCAGGAAGAGGAAAUGUACCCCAGCAUCAUCGCCAAAGUCUGGGGGAAUUUGGGGACUGUCUCCGACCUGCUGGACAUGAUCCUGGACAGUUUCAUCAAGCGCAGCGUCACCGGCGGACUGGGCUCGACGGCGGCGGAGAUCCUGGCCGAUACGGCCGUGGCGCUGGCCUCCUCCAACGUGGACUUGGUGGCCAAGAAGAUUAUCCAGCGCCUGUUGAAGCUGAUCGAUAAGACGUGCGUGUCGCCCACCUGGACGCUGGAGCAGCAUCUCAUGUUCGAGGAUAUCGGGAUUCUGACGCGGUAUCUGUUGAUGCUGUCGUUUAAUAACCAGCUGGAUGUGGUGAAGAAUCUGCCGUAUUUGCUGCAUUUUGUGGCCAUGCUGCUGUCCACCGGGCCCAUUGCGCUGCGGGCCAGCAUCCACGGAUUAGUGAUUAAUAUUAUCCAUUCGCUGCUGACGUGCAGUACACCGGUGUUCACGGAGCAGACGCAGAAGAUUCUGCGGCUGGCGCUGACGGAGUUCUCUUUACCCAAGUUCUACUCCUUCUUCGGCAUCACGGCGGUCAAGUCGGCGGCGGUGACGGCGUUCCGCUUCGCGCACCGCCCCGGGGAGCGGACGCUGGCGCCCUACGUGCACCUGCCGUCCGACCACUCGCGGUUGAGUCUGUCCUCCCUGGAGGCCAUCACCGACGCCCUCCUGGAGAUCACCGAGGCCUGCAUGCAGGACAUCCCCGCCUGCGACUGGCUCGAACGAUGGACCGGUUUGGCGCGGAGUUUCGCCAUCCGCUACAACCCGUCGCUGCAGCCGCGCGCGCUGGUGGUGUUCGGGUGCAUCAGCAAGCAGGUGACGGAUCAGGACGUGAAGCAGCUGCUGCGCAUCCUCGUCAAGGCGCUGGAGUCCUUCUCCGACGUCAUGCUCAUCGACGCCCUCAUCAUGUGCUUGACACGCCUCGAGCCCAUCCUGCGCGCCGAAUCCCCCAUCCACAAGGCGCUGUUCUGGAUCGCCAUCUGCAUCCUGCAGCUGGACGAGGUGUCGCUGUACUCGUCGGGACUGGCGCUGCUGGAGCAGAACCUGCACACGCUGGACCACCAGGGCGUCUUCGAGUACCAGGGCAUCGAGGAGGUGCUGAUGAGUACGCGCGAACCGCUCGAGUGGCAGUACUUCAAACAGCUCGACCACGCUGUCGGCAUGUCGUUCAAGAACGCCUUCCAUUUCGCGCUGGUGGGCCACCUGGUGAAGGGCUUCCGCCACCCGGAGCCGGAGUCGAUCAACCGCACGGUGCGCAUCCUGUCGAUGCUGCUGACCAUCGUCAGCAAGCCGCAGAAGCGCGACCGCUUCGAAGUGACCUGCGAGAGCGUCCCCUACCUGGCGGCGCUGCUGCCGGUGUCGGAGGAGGUGCGCAGUCGCUGCCGGCUGAAGCACAUGGUGCUCGCCAACAGCAGCAUCAUGAUGUCCGAGUCCGUCGACAGCAUCGACAACGACGGCGGUGCGUUUUACGAUGACAAGGACAGUGCGCUCACCUCCACCGUCACGCGCCGCCAAAAGAGCUGCGAGGUGCUCAGCGCGGGACGGCUGAAUAUCGGCGCUGACGGGCAAGGCCAGCAGGGUCUGUACCCGCUGAGUCCUUCCGGAGAACGCAGCAUGUCGCUCCUGGCCAGUCCCACCGCCUCCCUGGGCCUCCCGCUGCACGCCACCAACUCGGGCGGGUCCGGCGGCGGCGCGGAGACCCCGAAGUCGUGGAAGAGUCUGGAUCUGGAGCAGAUGGAGUCGGUGUCGGGCUCGGGCAACCCGGCCACCUCGCCCUCCAUCCCCACGACGCCCUCCACCGUCUCCGUACCGCCCCCGCCCCCCGCCAGCACCCUCCUCCUGUCCCCCUCCAACCCCGCCCACCGGCCCAUCUUUCUGCGCUCGCAGCGCAGCAGCAGCAUGCCGGCGCAGAACAACGCGGCCGGCGCGCUGAAGAGCGUCAGCGCCCACAUCGUGGCGGCCGCCGCCGAGGAGCGGGAGCGCGCCCGCGCCGUCCGCGGCUCGGUGUCGGGCGACAGCAGUGUGCUGUUGGACGCGGAGUUGCUGACGGACUACCCGACGCAGGCGUUGACGCUGAGUAUCUUGGCGACGAUCGUCCGGCACACGACGGAUGAGAACGAGGCGCGGAUCCUGUAUCAGUACCUGGCCGAGGCGUCCGUUGUCUUCCCCAAGGUCUUUCCGGUCAUUCAUUCGCUGCUGGACGCCAAGAUCAACUCGGUGCUGCAGUUGUGCCACGAUCAGGCCAUCCUGGAGGCGGUGCAGAGCAUCAUCCACAACAUGAUCACGUGCGAGGAGGCGCUGUCGCUGCAGCAACCGCCGCCGCAGUCGCUGCAGAGUCUCGGCUUCGGUGGACUCUGGCGCUUCGCCGGCCCCUUCAACCGGGCGUCGGCGAGUGCGGACAGCGCGGAGCUGUUCGUCAACUGCUUGGAGGCGAUGGUGGAGACGUGCCUACCCGGGGACGACGGCGACGAGCUGGACGUGGACGAGUACACGGGCACGGGCAGCCUGAGCUCCUCGGUGGCCAUCAACCUCUCCAACUCCCUGUCCAGCCUCUCCGUCGGCUCCCCCACCGACAAGGAGUCCCACAACGACUUCGACCUGGCGCGCCGCUACCCGCACAUGCUGCAGCAGGGCCACGCCCACAACAUGAACAGUCUCAACGCCCACGGGGGGCAGCCGCACAAGCGCAGCUCCAGCUUCAAGCGCAAGAGCAAAUCCGCCGUCUCCGGCAAACUCCACGAACUGUAGACGGUGUAGCUGUACAGAUUGAUUUGAUCUCGCCGAGUUAAUUAUACAAAAUGAUUAUUCGCUAUUUUUAUGCUGCUUUUAUUCAGAUUUCUAUCGAUCCGGGAUUUUAGCAUUUUAUCCGUUGAUUUAUGCGUAAUUUCACGAUGGAGAUUUUAUUGUAAAAUGUGUGUAGUUAUUUUUAUAUACAGAUACGUGCUUCGUUUUAAUGGAUGGCACACGAAUUCUGUCUGCAGCAUGCGCCAACAUCAUCCAGAUAAUUAGGCUAUUUUGUUAGAUAUUAAUAUAUACGGGUGUUAAUAAAUUAAAUAAUAAAUAUCAAUAAAUUUGGUUAUUUUAUU